GGUUGGCAAAAACCCGGGUUUUUGACCAAAAACCCAACCCAGCUGGGUUUUUGGGUGGGUUUUUGAUGGGUUUUUGCUAAAGUUUGGUAUAAAUCUUUAGUAAUCAAAGUUUGAUUAAUUUAUAGUUUAUAAUAUAAUAAAGCUAUUUUUCAUUUUUUACAGGUAUAUUUUCUUAUACAAAAGCUUUAUUAAUAAUCAGAUUGCAUUUUUUUAUAAUAUAAAUCUAUUUUUAAAUAGAGUUAUCUUUUUAGUUAAAUUUAAAAUAUAAGUAGAUUAUACGUCUUCAACAUGCCAAAGUAUCAUUCAGGGGGAAGAAAUAAGGCUAGUGAGUGGAAUGAAGUGACCAUAUUAAGUGAUCAACCAAAUAGAGUAAUAUGUAAUUAUUGCAAAGUGAGCAUAAUUAAAAAAAUAGAAAGAGUUAAGAUCCAUUUGGAUAAAUGCAGAAGAAAGAAUAAACGAAGCAAUAAUAAUUCCGCUGAAGUGUUAAGUGAUAUAUCAGUUUUAGAGUCAAGGCCAUCUACAUCUGCAGCAUCAAAUAAGUCUAGUCUGUCUGAUGAUAAUGAGCAAGAUGGUUUAAGCUUUAUUAGUGAUUCUUUUUAUUCGUCAAUUGUUCAGUCAACUGCAAUGACGAUGCAACAGCAAACAUCUAUUUCUAAAUUUGUUACUACAACAACAAGUAAUCAGAGGGAUGAACUGGAUUUACAAGUUGCAAGAUUUUUCUUAUCAGCAAAUAUAACAUUCAACGUAGUAGAAAAUCUUGAAUUUACCAAGCUGCUUAAAAAACUUAGACCUGGAUAUGAGCCACCAAAUAGAAAACAGAUAUCUUCAGAACUCUUAGUAAAGAUAAAUGAAGGUGUAAUCAAUUUAAUGAAAAAUGAUCUUGCUGAUGAUAGUGCUGUUACCCUAAUUCAAGAUGGUUGGAGUACAUUCAGUAAUGAUCCUAUAAUUGCUCAUAGAAUCCAUAGUAAAAAUAAACCUUAUCUCAUUUCUGCAAUUGACACUGGAAGCUAAUCAAAAACAGCAGAAUAUUGCGCUCAAGCUGCUAAGGAUGCAAUUAAAAUUGCUAAAGAAACGUUCAAUAAAGAUGUAUUUGCAGUAUGCACUGACAACGAAAAUAAAAUGUCUAAAAUGAGAAAACUUUUGCAGGCUGAAGCCCCUAAGUUGAUAACAUUUGGUUGCUCUACUCAUUUUUUAAAUUUGGUUGAAAAGGAUGUCUCUCCAAAGUCUAUAGUAAAGCAUAUUAUAGCAAUUCAUAAAUAUUUUCGUAAUCAUCACCAACCACAUGGUUGGUUAUUGGAAAAAGGUGGACUGAUGCCACAGCUACCUAAUGAUACUCGCUGGAACUCCCAACUAGAUUGUUUACAGACAUACAUAUCUAAUCAUUCUCUGUACGUUGACAUUAGAGGUGAGCAUAUGGAAUCCAUUGAUCCUUUAAUAGGAAGCCUAAUUGACAAUCUAUCAAUACAAAGA